AUGUCAACAGCGCCCUUCAAAGAAGAUGCGCUAAAUCGAUUUCGAAUCACCCACUCUGAUCGAGAGCUCAAACCGCUCAUUAGGAGACUACACCGUUUACCUUUGCUGUCCGCUUCCAAAGAUCUGAGUCAAGACGACGUAGAGUUGGAGAGGGAGCUGAUCAAGAUGGAAUUGCUCAAAUGGCGAAUAGGCAUAGAGAGGGUCUUGGGGUCGAUAAGUAAUUUGGAUAGACAGACGGAAUGUUAUAAGAGGCAGACCCGGGAGACUGUAUCAAAAGCAGACCAGCUCAAACUUAGGUUGAUAGAAGAGAAACAAGAAUUAGCAAAUAAGAGGAAAUUGAGAGAACAUCAAUUGAAAUGCGAUGAGAUUGUGAAACGUAUACAAAGUAGAGGUAAAGGCAGAAAGGAUCUGGAUGAUCACAUCGAAUCUCUCACCAACUCGUUGAAAGAACAUACCGAAUCUCAUUCUACAUACCUAUCAACCACUCAACUACGAUUUGAAAAGUUCAACGAAAUCAUCAAAUUGAUAGAUGAAUGUAGAAAUCUCAAGUUACCUAGUGAACCCACCUCUACGUCAAUGGCAAUCACGGAAGAAGGACAAGAUAAAGAUAAUAGAAUGGAUAUUGAUCCAUCAUCUACAUCAGCGUCAUCAUCGUCAACAUCGAGAUUGAAUCUAUCUGCAUUGGAGUUCCAACCUACCAGCAGAUCAGCUUCGACAUCAGCUACGAAUAGGUCAUCUGCUCCGCCAAGUGGAAACACCACCACCACCAACAACAACAACAAUAGUCUAAAACCACCGUCAUCAGGUCACAUGUUACCUUCAAAACCCAAUUCCAACUCCACCUCGAACAAACCACUAUCAGGCGGAGUCAAGUUAAGUAGACAAAAUUCCAAUGGAUUACCAUCCCGACCAUCUAAUCUUAGAAGUUCCACUACACCUGCUGCGUUACACACCGGAUCGGGGUCGUUGGAAGAUGGAGAAGUGGGUCCGGAAGAAGGUGAAGUUGAUUCGCCCAAUACGAAUACGAGUAGUGAGGAAAGUAGGAAGAGAGCUAGAGGGAGUGAAGGGAGUCAGACGAGAAAUACGAGGAGUAGAGCAAAGUGA